CUGCCUCCUAAUUGGUCAGUUCGGCUCACGCUCUUCCUCUUUUAUCAAACUGUUCUUUUCACUCUUCUGGCUCGGUCAUAAUUCACAGUUUGACAGCAUGGCGAUGAAAGCGGUUUGUGUGCUCAAAGGCACCGGGGAAGUGAUCGGUAACGUGUAUUUCGAGCAGCAGAAUGAAACGUCUUCAGUGAAGCUCUCAGGAAAAAUCACUGGCCUUACUCCAGGAAAGCAUGGUUUCCAUGUCCAUGCUUUUGGAGACAACACAAAUGGUUGCAUCAGUGCAGGUCCACACUUCAACCCUUUUGGUAAAGAUCAUGGUGGACCAACGGAUAGCGACAGACAUGUGGGAGACCUUGGUAACGUGAUCGCUGAUGACAAUGGUGUUGCAAAAAUUGACAUUGAGGAUAAAAUUGUGACCCUGUUAGGGCAACACUCCAUCAUUGGGAGGACCAUGGUGAUCCAUGAGAAGGAGGAUGACUUGGGCAAAGGAGGCAAUGAAGAAAGUCUUAAAACUGGCAAUGCUGGAAGUCGCCUGGCCUGUGGAGUUAUAGGCAUCACUCAGUGAAGACCUGCUCUAAUCGAAGAGUUAGCUUUGAAAUAUUAGUGACCAAUGUGAAUCCCCCUUCCAUUAGCACUUAGCCCACUGACAAUUGAGUCCCUGUUUUGUUAAUAGAGUAAAAUUUGAGUAAUAGAGUAAAAUAAUAUUUUGUUAUUAUGUUAAUAGUUUCAAUUUAAAGUAAUUUUUAAAGAAUUGUAUUUUAGCCUUGUAAAGCCUUUUUUGUGUGGUCACUGUCUGACUUCAUGCAGCUAAAAAGUGAUGUUCAUUUCCUGUGAUCUCGGCUUUAUUCAAUAAAGAUUGAGCGGACUGGA